CCCUCCCACGCUCUGCAGGUCUGCGCGGCUGAAUGAGGUCGGACCCUUCCUGAAAGAGAAGCCGUCCGUGCUCCGUGCGUCCUGCGCCGCUGACGGGAUGUCUGCGCUCGGCAGGUGCUGUACGGCGUGCAGCCGAGGCUGCUACAGCUGCAGGUGGAGGAACCGCGACAACAACCAAGAAGCAAAAUGCGGAUGCUGCUGGCUCUUCCUCGUCUCCCUCGCCUCGCUGCUGUCCCUGUGCUGGAUGUACUUCUUUCUGGUCGCGUUCAACGACAGGGAGGAACUGAACUGGAAGGCCUUCAGGUUAAUGGGGCACUGGGUGAACUGGUUCAUGGUGCUGGUCAUCGUGUACGCCGUCAUCAGCUGCUACUGCGUCCUGCUGCUGGUCUUUGCACUGAUCCAAGCUGCCUUGAAGGCACCACUGGACCUACACUGGAUCCACAUGAUCUUCCUAUUCUGCGGUCUGAUAUUAAUCACGUGUGGCGUCACGGGCAUCAGCCUCAAAUGGGGAGAGAGAGAGCUGCCAGUCGUUCCCCUUUCUCUGCAGGCCACGGGUCCGUUUCUGCAGUUCGGUGCCGUCGGGGCGCUGACGCUGCUGAGCUGGUUGGUGUUCCAAAGCUUCCACAGAACCCAGAAAGCCAGAUCAAAGCUCCUCAUUGCCGUGGUCUUUGGAGGCGUGUCUGCCGCCAUCUUCAUGUGGCCCUGCUUCAUCCGGUCUCCCUGUCUGAUGGCGAAGUCCGACUUACUGGAUAAACCGAAGCUCUUGGGCCACAGAGGCGCCCCCAUGCUGGCGCCAGAGAACACCAUGAUGUCGUUCAACAGGAGCCUCGGCUGCGGCGUGGCGGCGUUCGAGACCGACGUCCAGGUCAGUAAAGACCGAGAGCCCUUCCUGAUGCACGACUACAACGGAGACGGAAGCAAGAAGGGCGAGUUCUUGCUGAGGACAACCAACGUCAGGGAGGUGUUCCCCAACCAAAGCUUCAGGGACAGCGCCAGCCUCACCUGGAAGGAGCUCCAGAGGCUGAACGCGGGGGAAUGGUUCCUGAAGACGGACCCCUUCCGCACGGCGUCCCAGCUUUCGCGGCGGGAGCAGGAGGCAGCCAGGAACCAGAGCGUCCCCUCCCUAAUGCAGCUCCUGAGGCUGGCGCAGCGGCACAACGUCUCCGUGAUCUUCGACCUGUACAGCCCCAACCAGCACAACGACACGAUAGACGUCGUCGACACCAUCCUGCGAUCCGGCAUCGAGCCAAGCCUGAUUCUGUGGCUUCCUUCUGCACAAAGACGGUACGUCAGCGCCACGGCUCCGAGCUUCAUUCAAUACUACGCCAGCGAGCAAGAAAUGCUGGACAACGGGGGAAAGCACCUGAAUAUGAGAUACAGCAAUCUGAGUACACAAAAAAUCAGGGAACUUCGGCGCAGCAACGUCACCGUCAACCUGUGGACCGUUAACGAGCCCUGGCUGUUCUCCCUGCUGUGGUGCGCCGGCGCCAGCUCCGUGACCACCAACGCGUGCCACCUCCUGAAAGACAUGGAGCGGCCUCACUGGACCAUGGAACCUCGCGAAUACCGACUCAUAUGGAUUUCAGUGGAUGCUGUGUCUGUGGUGAUAAUGGCCAUACUCUGCUACAUUCAGCGAAAAGGGAGAGACAGAAGGGCUACAGCCACCAACAAGAUGGAGAUGCAGCUUCGUUCCUUCUCUGUACUGUGAUGACUCGCCACGUUUCCUAAAAAAGACCCAAGCUGUGACCUCAACGCUGUAACUGUUUGGACCUGAGUCAGGAGGAGAAUUAACAUGUGAUGUGUUCGGAGGCCACGAAUAUUGUUUAAGUAAAUGAAAUGGGAGUCAAAGGUCAACUGUGCUAGUGGACGGCAGCUUUUUGUUUUUGUAGGGUCAGGGUUUUCUGGGUUUGUCUUUUCAUGUGUACUUCAUACGUUAGUUCAUACUGAAAACUGCAAAAUGUAUAAAUGUAUUUCUAUAAUAUGGCACUGAAUUUCCUCUUGUCAGGUUCUGUCACUGUGUGUAUUUGUUUGUUUUUUUAUUCACUGCAAAAUAUAAAAAUACAGAUCUGUAACCUGA